GGUGCCCAAAGUUGAUGUAAGACGUGAGCACAGUGUUCGCACACCCCACUUUUCAUAUAUAGCUCAGACAAAUCAGCCACGGCUGCAGUGAGAAUUUAGCUAACACGGUCCCGUUUAAUGGGGUUCUGGGGAGUUCUUGUUCCUGGGCUGCUUGUAAUAGCUUUGUGUUGUUCUUGUUCUUCGUGGGUGCUGAGGGUGGAGGCCGAUGCUGCAUUACCCGCCUGUGAUUUCCCGGCAAUCUACAACUUCGGCGACUCCAACUCCGACACCGGCGGCAUCUCCGCCGCCUUCGACCCCAUCCCUCCGCCGUACGGCUCCGCCUUCUUCCACAAGCCCGCCGGCCGAGAUUGUGACGGCCGUCUCAUCGUAGACUUCAUUGCUGAGAAGCUGAAGCUACCAUAUUUGAGUGCCUACCUGAACUCUCUAGGAACAAAUUACAGGCAUGGUGCGAAUUUCGCGACCGGUGGAUCAACCAUUAGGAGGCAAAAUGAGACAAUUUUUGAGUAUGGAAUCAGCCCAUUUUCACUUGAUAUGCAGAUCGUGCAAUACAAGCAAUUCAAGCAACGGACAGCCGAAUUAUACAGCCAAGCCACGGAAUUCUCGGAGAAAAGCAAAUUGCCGGUGCAGAAGGACUUUGCAAAGGCGCUAUACACGUUUGAUAUUGGGCAAAAUGAUCUCUCUGUUGGGUUCAGGAAGCUGAACUCCGAUCAGCUCAAAGCGGCAUUGCCGGAUAUAGUGAACCAGUUAGCUUCAGCUGUUCAAAACAUAUACCAAUAUGGGGGGAGGUCAUUUUGGAUUCAUAAUACUGGGCCGAUUGGGUGCUUGCCGGUGCACUUUUUCUACAAUCACAAUCCGCCACCUGGGUAUUUGGAUGAUCAUGGGUGCGUGAAGUUUUAUAACGAUAUGGCCGUCGAGCUCAAUAGGCAGCUCAAGGAAAGGGUGGUCAAGCUGAGGCAAGAGCUCCCCGAGGCUGCAAUUACUUAUGUUGAUGUUUAUGCUGCAAAGUUUGCGCUCAUCGGCAGUUAUAAGAGCGAAGGAUUUGUUGACCCCUUCAAGGUUUGCUGUGGAUAUCACGAGAAUUACGACCAUAUCUGGUGCGGAAAUAUAGGAAGUGUCAACGGCACCAAGGUGUUCGGUGGUUCUUGCAAGGAUCCUGCUACUUCUAUCAGCUGGGACGGGGUCCAUUAUUCCGAGGCCACGAACCACUGGGUUGCCAAUCGCAUACUCAACGGUUCGCUGUCCGAUCCACCGACACCAAUCACUCAAGCAUGUCACAGGCGUUAGAGUGUGCGUGCGCGUGCAAUGCAUGCGGGUGUAGUGAUUAUCGCAAUAAGAGUAAAGAAGCUUCAGGAAUUGACGUAGUUUACAAUUUAAUUGUAUCACUAGUACUAUGCCGGACUGUUUCAAGAAGUUGAGAUAUCCCAUCUCAUCUUAAUCAAUCCAUCCAAGAGCAUUUAAGCUGUCAAAUUGUGAGAGAGCAAUGUGUCGACAAUGGAUGUAUCAGCAUUGGUGUCAUCUUUCAAGAUUUAUUAUCUUUA